CAGAACGCGCUUCUUCAUGUGCGCAAUCACCAAGGUGGAGCCAAGUCGACUGACUGAAGUGCAUGGAUGAAAGUGUGUGGAACCUUCUCCGUGGGAAAAUACUUGCAAGUUCACGUAACCUUGAAGGAAAACAAUCAAGACACGUAGGAUACCUAAUAUGAGGUCUCAUUUCAUGAGGGAUUUUGCUUUAUUUUGCUACAGCUGCCUGUAACGCGGUUACGAAGGGCUCGAGCCAAUAUUAGUAUUUACAUAAUCGUUCUGAUUCGGGCUCUCACGUCAGACUCCGUAUUGACUUCAGCUGGAACACCGCGCGCAUUGGGAUUGAAGAUAACUCAAAGCUGAACUUACUCUUCAUGCGACAUAUAAAAAAUGUACAGUUAUUGUUGAUUAUUUCGGGUAAUUCAGAAAAACAAGUUAUACAACAGGGAAGUGUACUUUGCGUUGCGCCCUGGUCCUAAAGCCAGUCGUGUAUUCGGCUGUUGCGCGGUUAUCCAGCGCGUGCUCCAAUGCUUCAACUGUGGUCGUGUUCCAAAUCAAUAGACAUAAUGAUGGAAAGUGUUUUGUUAGAGCAAGGCUAAUUGUUUUUUUUUCUCCCCGGAGAUAUUCAGAUUAAUUUGAACGAACAUUUACAGUGACUUUAUUUGAAUAUUUGUCGUUUUUUUACGCAUUUGAAGGCAGUUUCUUCUUUGGAGUGUAGUAGAGCAAAGUGAAGAAGGUCUGUGUCGUAGCAACCCAGCAUACUAAAAGCGUUUGCAGGGACUUGAGUGAAGUAAUGGUGGUAAAUACGGUCCACUGGUUCAGGAAGGGCUUGCGGCUCCACGACAAUCCAUCACUCAGAGACUCCAUCCAGGGAGCCCACAAUGUCCGCUGUGUGUACAUCCUUGACCCCUGGUUCGCCGGAUCCUCGAACGUCGGGAUCAGCAGGUGGAGGUUUUUACUGCAGUGUUUGGAAGACUUGGAUGCCAGCCUCCGCAAACUCAACUCACGACUCUUCGUUAUCCGUGGCCAACCCACCGAUGUCUUCCCCAGGCUGUUUAAGGAGUGGAACAUUACUCGUCUGUCCUACGAGUACGACUCAGAGCCAUUUGGAAAGGAGCGAGAUGCAGCCAUCAAGAAACUGGCCAAUGAGGCAGGCGUGGAGGUGAUUGUUCGCAUCUCUCACACGCUCUACGAUCUGGACAAGAUCAUUGAGCUAAAUGGAGGCCAGUCUCCGCUCACGUACAAGCGCUUCCAGACCCUCAUCAGCAGGAUGGAGGCGGUGGAGAUCCCGGCAGAGACCAUCACAGCAGAAGUCAUGGGGUCGUGCACCACGCCCGUCUCUGAUGACCACGAUGAGAAGUUCGGGGUUCCUUCUUUAGAAGAGCUUGGCUUUGACACAGAGGGUCUGUCCUCAGCCGUGUGGCCUGGAGGAGAAACAGAGGCCCUCACUCGUCUAGAGAGGCACCUGGAGAGAAAGGCUUGGGUUGCCAACUUUGAGCGUCCAAGAAUGAAUGCCAAUUCACUGUUGGCCAGUCCCACUGGCUUGAGUCCAUAUUUAAGAUUCGGCUGCCUCUCCUGUCGACUCUUCUACUUCAAACUCACAGACCUCUACAGAAAGGUCAAAAAGAACAGCUCACCUCCUCUGUCCCUCUAUGGCCAAUUACUGUGGCGUGAAUUCUUUUACACGGCCGCCACCAACAACCCACGCUUCGACAAGAUGGAAGGCAACCCGAUUUGUGUGCAGAUCCCGUGGGACAAAAACCCAGAGGCUUUGGCCAAGUGGGCUGAGGGCAGGACAGGUUUCCCCUGGAUCGAUGCCAUCAUGACCCAGCUGAGGCAAGAGGGCUGGAUCCACCAUCUGGCCCGACACGCAGUCGCUUGUUUCCUCACCCGCGGAGACCUGUGGAUCAGCUGGGAGGAGGGCAUGAAAGUCUUUGAGGAGCUGCUGCUGGAUGCAGACUGGAGUGUGAAUGCAGGAAGCUGGAUGUGGCUGUCCUGCAGCUCCUUCUUCCAGCAGUUUUUCCACUGCUACUGUCCCGUGGGCUUCGGCCGUCGCACUGACCCCAACGGAGACUACAUACGGCGAUAUUUGCCAGUGUUGAGGGGUUUCCCAGCCAAGUAUAUCUACGACCCCUGGAGUGCUCCUGAAAGCGUCCAGAAAGCAGCCAAAUGUAUAAUUGGUGUACACUACCCCAAACCCAUGGUGCAUCACGCAGAGGCAAGCCGCCUUAACAUAGAGCGUAUGAAACAGAUCUACCAGCAACUAUCCUGCUACCAUGGCCUGGGACUGCUGGCAACAGUGCCAUCCAACGCUAAUGGAAAUGGUGAGAAUUCCGCUACAUUUAUGGGAUUCCAAACAGGAGAUGUGACCAAGGAAAUCACUGCACCUUCAGGCUAUCAGAUGCCACCCACCUCUCAAGGUGAAUGGCACGGCAGGAUGGUUUACUCACAAGGAGACCACCAAACAACCAGCAGCAUGCCACUGCAAGGUUUUGCAGGCAACAGUAGUAGCACAAUGUGCUACAGGCAAGACUCACAGCAGAUACCUGGUACAGCUAUACAGCCAGGACGAGGGCUGCACAGCAGCAUCCUCCAGACAUCUGGAAAACGACACAGCGAGGAGUCUGGUCCUGCCACGGGCUCAAAAGUUCAACGUCAGAGCAGCUCUUAAACAUCAGAAACGGUCCAUCCAUGCACAGCGGUCAGCAUGACUUCGCAGAGGCCUGAUUUUUUUGUUAGCACCUUUUUCGAGUUUUGCAUUUUUAUGGAAGAAACCAAAAUCCCAUUGACGGGAGCGACUCAAGGGAGUGCAUGAUUCUCUCUGAAAGCACAUCACACAUAGCACUUCAAAACUGACUGUACUUUAUCACAGGGACUUCACCCAAUUGGUCGGCAACAUCCUGACAACAUUGGAAUUACGUUGUGGCUCUGUAAUCUUCACAGCUGCAAUGUUCUGUCAACGUUGCGUUCAUGUUUGGACUGUUUGGGACUAAAUCUUGUGUAUAUAAGGAUUUGAUGAAUACUUACAUACAAAAUGUACAUAUUUAAUAUUGUAUGUGCUUUCUCUAUUUCAUGUAGUCAUAGACCCAUUGAUAUAUUUUUGAUAUAAAGAAAUAUUGUGGAUCAGUUUUACUCUGUUCGUUAUUGAAAGCAUUUGUAGACUGUCCAUGCAGUACAUUACUUUGCCUCUCCUCGGGCUGUUUGCUUGCACUGUUUUUUAUUUUUAAUCUCUCCUUUGCUUGCUCGUUCUCUCUCUGUCUCUACCACAGCCGUUUGUGAUCUCUCUCUUUUUAGUUACUCUUUUCAGACUGACAUCUGUCUCGUCCACCUCCUCAGCCCGUUUACUCUUCCUUGCUAUCUGAGUGUCUCUCCAUUGCUGUAAACUAUUCGAAAAUAUAAUUCACCACAGUGUUUCUCAUUGUCUUACAUUGUGCUUGUUUAAUAAAGUGUAAAUGUACA